AUCUUUCCAUCACGAUCGUAUUACUCCUCCCCCUUCUACACGUUGACGCCGAUCUGGAGGGACGCUUUGCAAGGUGUUUCUCCGGUUGCGCAGCCAUCGGCCUCGUCCGUCUUUUUCUAUCCUCCGCCGUUCCUCCUCGACACCAUCAGCACCCUUGCAUGUGUCCAUCGCUACCUGCACAACCUCGUGCGCAUUCGGCCGUUCUGUCGAAUGCGUUUGUUCAGUCCGACGCUCCCUUGCCAUCCCAUGACCAUCGCGGAGUGGCGCGUGGCUUUGUGGGGAGAGUACUCGGAAGCGGCAUUUGCCACACCGCCUACGCCUACGGCUUCGGUGCUGCGCGCCAAGCGUAAGACGGAGGAGCGCAACGUUGUCGGUCGUCUGUUCACGCGGGUCGGACUUAUCCCAACGUACAGGGACGACAUGGUACCUCUCCUGGAAACUGUUCCGGUGUCCCUGGCCGACGCUGCGACGGACAUUCGUAUACGCGGGCUUUUGCUUUGGGAAUCGCACGAAAUCAACUUUCGAUGCGAACUAAUGGCGUUGGAUACGGCACUAGUCCAACGAGAACACUGGUCUGAGAUCCAUCGCUGGGAGCGCGAGGCGGUUGUAUCGGGCGUGUGGGGAGAUCCUUCGUCCGUUGUCUCGGUCAUCCCAUCCUCCUCCGACAUUCCGGAGUUCCGGUGGAUACUCCCUCCCGACGUUCGGUGGCGGGAUUGCAGAACCUACCUGGCGAGAUUCAUUGCGAUCGUGAUGCGGUGGCCCGGCACGCCUCAAGCUCUCCAAGACGCCAGGAUGACGGACCCGAACACUUGGACAGACGAUGAGUACACAGAUCUGCAGCGUGUUCUCGUCAAUUUCUACGUUCGCACUUUCGUUUCGAUGUUUCACCGUUUACCUAUUUCGCCU